AUGUCGUCGACGACCAAUGCACCAGAGCCAGACCGCCAGGCAACCAUGAUCCCAAAGCAGCCACGCUUUGAGGACAGGAUUUCUCAGACAGUGUACGACGAUGGACAUGGUCGCUACAUCGUUGCGUCUCGCCAGCGCCCCCAAAUCGUCCGCCGCACCGAUGCAGCGGACAAUAGACACUCUCGAUACCCCGCCUCACGGAAGCCGUCCAAUAGUGAAGGCUUGGCACCGUCACGUGAGGUAUGCGUCGAGCAGCAGUCGCCCAAGUAUCCGAGGAAGGUCGUCGUCAUUCCUGCUUUAUCGAAACCAGUAAAUCCAGCUCUGAGAGUAGAGCGUUCUACAUUGCAGAGAUGGGCAGAGCCCACGCCUCCGCCAACACCUCGAUCGGGGCGCUUGCCAUCACCUGAGCUCUCUGACUUGGAGGAGGCGCCGUUCUGCGAGUGCGAUGAGGCCAUCAUGCCAAAAUGCUGUGCGUCGUGCAAGAACGCCAUGCAUCCUUGGGGGAGAUGA